AUGACCACAAAACAAACAAUUUUAAGUUUCACUGUUGCUUUAUUCUCUCUCUCUAUCUGUCUAAGUAUACGUGCACCUGAGGUCUACUUCUACGAGAUGGCUCCAGAGAGAUUCAAUCAAAGAGAGUGUAAGACAUAUGGAAGUGGCGUGGUGCAGCCCUUUAAUGGGAGCGCUUACCAUGUGAGGACGUCCUGCUCCGUCACCCUCCUCCACUUCACCCACCUGGGUGUCGACUGUGACAUCACCAUCCAGCGAGGGCUCAGCGGACUGCUGACCCGCGUCGAGGCCGUCGUCAACAAAAUCAGAACCGUCGUUCUGGAUGGAACCAUUGCUGUGGAAAACCACAGGUUUGGACUCUCACCCAGCAGCCAUAGAGCCUUAGCCAAUCCUCCUCAGUUAAUCUCUGAAGCAGUGCUUGAGGAUGACACUUGUGUGGUAGAGGACUCGCUUGAGGACAUCAACAACAUGGUGUGUGGCGAGUUCAUGUCUCACGCCGUGUACUGCCUGGCGUCCGAGGCAAUGGCCUACUUCUACCUGUGUGGAAAGAACGCCUACGGCCAUGCAGGUAGCUCUCACGUCACCUGUCCGUUCUUCUGGGACAUUGCUCUGAGGUCCGAGCCGCAGUGUCCAGGGCAGCUGACCUAUGAGGAGCUGGGAAAUGCCUUUAUUCCCACCUGCUCCAACCCCACACCCACACCCAGAGCCAGUGACCAGGACAUGACCAGCACCUGUGUGUGCCCCCAAGGUCAGGUGCUGAAUGACCGUGCCUCAGGCCACUCCUGUGUGAGUGUGGAAGAAUGUCCCUGUGUGUACGGCAGCAGCAGUUACCCUCCAGGAUCCUACAGACGAACGAAAUGCCAAACAUGUUAUCGUGUGAAUGGGAAGUGGCAGUGCUCAGAAGACAUUUGCCCUAAAACAUGCUCCAUUGAGUCCAAGUUUGUGACGUCUUUUGAUGGUAAACACUUCAGGCUUCCAGGCAAAUGCACAUAUGUGGCAGCCAAGUGGUAUGAUCUGAUCUGUAAAAUCAUCCAAAUGUCUGGAUGUUUUUCAGCGUUAGUCACCGUAUUCUGGCAGUCCUCCAUGUAUGUCCAGGUCCAAGUCCUCUCAGGCCUCAGUAUUCAAGUGCAAAUGUCCCCAGAAAUUCAAGUCUACUUGUCUUUGGCCGAACAGCAUAGUGGAACAACUGAAGGGCUUUGUGGGAACUUUAAUGGAGACUCCAGUGAUGAUUUUACCACCAGUAGUGGAAUUGUGGAGAACUCGGCUGAACCUUUUGCCCUCUCCUGGUCCGUGGAGAGCUGUGUGCAUGACAUCCCUGACAUCUGCACAAACGUGGACAACAAAAUAUUUGCUGAUGAGCACUGCAACCAGCUGAGGGAUCCUAAUGGGAUCUUUGGCUCCUGCCACAGUUAUGUACCCUAUGACCAAUAUUAUCAGGCCUGCAUCAGCAAAACAUGCCAGUGCCACUCGGAGCUUCAGUCGUGUCUCUGUGUUGCCCUUGGCAACUACGCCAAAGCCUGUGCUUCUGUAGGGGCCUUUGUGGGAGACUGGAGAACAGUAACCAACUGCACGGUGACGUGUAUGACCAACCAGGUGUUUGACUACACCACACGGGUGUGUAACCGCACCUGCCGCUCGCUGGCGGGACGUGACCCCACCUGUGACCUGGAGGCGGAGCCUGCGGAGGGCUGCGGUUGUCGGGAGGGCACUUACCUUAACGACCACAGCAGCUGCAGCCCCCGAUCGCAUUGCCCGUGUCACCACAUAGGGGGCGCCACACCACCGGGACCAGUGGUCAUUGACGGGCGGGCAUGGUGA